GCUCUUCAUCGAGAAGCUGCCACAGCACCCGGAGUACAAAUCUGCCGUCAUACCCGAGAAGAGGGAGACAGUCAGAAAACUGAAAGAAGUAGCCUUCCCCCGAGCUGAAGAGCUCAAGAAGGAGCUGUUAAAGAGGUACGCCCAGGACUAUGCUAAGUACCAGGAGCAGAAGAAGGAGGAGGAGGAGGCAUUUGCACGCAGCCUGGCUCUGCAGCAGCAGCUGGAGGAGGAGAGGAGCCGGGUGGCCCUGAUGAAGCAGCAGCAGGCAGAGCAGGAGCAGUUUCAUGCCUUCGAGGAGAUGAUCCGGCGGCAGGAGCUGGAGAAGGAACGUCUGAGGGUCGUGCAGGAGUUUGGGAAGCCAGAGCCCAGUCCUGAGUCUCUGGAUGGACCCCUCAUCCCCGGCGUGGAAAAGCCCCCGACUGAGCUGACCCCAAAGGUUCCCAGCUCUCCAGUUCCCCCUGCCAGUCUGUCAGCGGGGUCUGGCUCCUCCAAACCUCCUGUCGUGGACAGAUCUUUGAAACCCAGUGCUUUGGGGAGCACAGAACACACCACCAGCAUGGAUGUCCUUCGCCAGGUCAUUGUCCCCAGGGAGCUCUGCCAGAAAUUCCUCCAGCUGGCUGAUGCCAACACGAUCCGGGGCGUGGAGACCUGUGGGAUCCUCUGUGGCAAGCUGAUGAGGAACGAGUUCACCAUAACCCACGUCAUCGUUCCCAAGCAGCACGGGGGCCCCGAUUACUGCAACACAGAGAGUGAGGAGGAGCUCUUCCUCAGCCAGGACCAGCACGGCCUCGUCACCCUGGGCUGGAUCCACACACACCCCACGCAGACAGCCUUCCUCUCCAGCGUCGACCUGCACACCCACUGCUCCUACCAGAUGAUGCUGCCCGAGUCCAUCGCUAUCGUGUGCUCUCCAAAAUACCAGGAGACGGGGUUCUUCAGGCUGACAGAGCACGGCCUGCAGGAGAUCUGCUCCUGCCGCCAGAAGGGGUUCCACCCGCACGCCAGGGACCCCCCUCUCUUCAUGCCGGGGGGUCACGUGUCAGUCGUGGAGAGAGACGUGGUGCUGCUGGAUCUCCGAUAG